UUACUUUAAUUUAUCCAAAUCUUUUUCUCUAUAUAUUAUGCCCUUCAACUUGAUGAAGACAGCCCCCAUUUGCCAACUUCUCUAGACCCCCUCUUUCCAACACAAAUACCCACAACAAUUCAUCACCCAUCAUUCAAAUACUCACAAAAAUAACUUCCAAAAAACCCAAAAAGAACACAUAAAAAUGAACAUAGAAGAAAGAAAAAUAGUAGUAAUGGUAGAAGAAUCAGAUACAGCAAGAACAGCUCUAAAAUGGGCUCUUCAAAACCUCAUUCGAUACGGCGACGUUGUGACCCUCCUCCAUAUCUGUCCCUUUUACCCACCCAGUAGGUCACGUAACAAGAAGAAACUUAGGCAUCUUCGCUUGAAGGGUUAUCAAUUAGCUCUUUCUUUCAAGGACAUUUGUACCUCUUCUUCUUUUAAUACGAAAAUAGAGAUAGUGGUGACAGAAGAUGAUGCAGAAGGAGAAAGAAUCGUGGGGUUGGUUAAAGAAAUGGGUGCUUUUGCCUUGAUUUUUGGUCUUCAUGAUCGCAGUUUUGUCUACAGGUUGGCAAUGAGACACAAUAAUAUAACAAAGACAUUAAACUGCAAAGUUCUUGCAAUCAAGCAACCAAGGCCGUCAUCGUCUGCCUCUGGUCUGCCAACUAAAUCAUGUUCCUCUUUCACACAACUCGAAGCUUCACUUACUUUGGAGUUUUCUCAAAUCGAAGUUGCUCCUUUGCAAGUCCCUCAUUUCACUCCACAAAAGAUUCCAUACCAAAUUUGUCCAAGCCCCUCUGCAAUAAUAUGGAGAUCCAAGAAGACUAGGAGGAGAUCACACAGGACUGUUUAGUUUAUAUAAUUAUAUAAUACUUACUUUUUCUUCUCUUUUGAAUUUUAUUUGCUCUCCUUCUAUGGCUCAUAUUAUUGCUAUCUUUUUUUGUCUAUUUUUCCUUUUUUUUUUUCCUUUUUGUCCCAAAAAAAUGAAUAUACAGCUGGUUUUCUUUAGGUUUUGAAGUGGUUGUUGGUUUGCUCAUGCAAGAUUCACCAAAAAAAGAAGUGGAAAUUCUGAAAUCAUGCAAAAUGUUCCUUUGCCAAAUUAAACAGAAAAGUGUUGAUAUUGUACAUAAUACAUGUAGAAUAAAUAUUGUUGGAGGAAGAUUUGAUUUCUAUUUGUAUGUGAUACUAGAAAGAGUACAUCUUAGCUCAUUUUUCCUUCA